ACAGGAGGAGAGCUCAGAGUAAUCGUAGGAGGACAGAGAAGGGAUCUUGUGUCAGCGUGGGUGCUGAAGCUGGAGAAUGACAUGCUGGAUAAAGGGGCAGCGAUGAUGUCCAGUACCACAUUCAAAAUGUCCAGGUCACAGUGAGAGCCUCCUGUCAUAACAACACUCGUUCCAUCAAGAUCCAUCAGAAGAAGCAGACAGCAUGCAGAACCUCCGGCAUGCAGCUUCUGAGGCUUUCCAGCGUCUCGGGUUAAAACAAAGACAUCUGGGCUAUGAGGAGCUGGGUGAGCUGGACGGGGUGGAGAAACCACAGCCGCACUGGUUUCACACGCUGCAGGUGCGACGGCUCAGAGUUCAGAGGGGCCGCAGUAACAGCGAUCCUAUGGGAGGAAAGAGCUUCCAGCAAGAGUUCCAGUGGGUCGGGGGAGCUGGUUGCAUUUUUAUCGAGAUGCUACAGGGGUCACCAGCGUUUCCUGGAGUAGCUGAUGUAUUUGAGCAGCUGCUGAAGAUUUGGGCUGUCCUCGGGGUCCCGACCGAGGAGAGCUGGCCAGGUGUCAGUGAUCUGCCAAACUAUAAACCAGAGUGGUUCCUGCCCUGCAAGGCCCAGCAAUUUCGAGAUGUCUGGAAAAGACUCGCUCAGUUACCCUAUAAGACGGAGGAUCUGGCCCAGCAGAUGCUGAUGAUGAAUCCAAAGGACAGGAUUUCAGCCCAGGAUGCAUUGCUACACCCAUAUUUCAACACUCUUCCACCUCCGUUAAUGCAUCUAAGGGACACUGUGUCCAUCUUUAAGGUGCCGGGUGUGAGGUUAGAGGCGGAAACGAGGGAUAUCUUCAGCCCCAGCAGACGAAUGAAAUCGCCUCUUGCUCCGCUGGCCAAGUGCUGGUGAAAGUCUCGCCUUUGUAAAUAGUUGGUGUGCUUGUAAAACCAAAACCACACCAGCAUGAGUAAACGUGACCCUGUUGCAGCAUGACGGUCAGUUUGUAUGUUGUUUAUUCAGAUCUUAAUCAGCUUAAUUCAAUAUAUUUCUGAAAGAAUAUCAGAUUCUCUUUCAUAAGAUUCGUGUUUUUACAAUUUGGACCAGUAUUACCUAAAAAAAAGUUUUAUGGUUGAUCAUGACGAUCCAAGUCAACGCUGAUUUCACCACUGUGUUUCAUUCUAUAUUUUGAGAUGCAUAUCCAGCUUAUUUUUUAACAUAGGAGUGGGUGCCUCCAUUCGUGAAUGUGUGAUGCUUCCCGUGCUUUCAUUUUAGCUGUACAAAAAUAAUCCUUUAUGCUGCUUGAUGUUGCAAACUGGUAUUUGUUAUCAUGUUAUUUUAAUUUAUUAUCAUAAUCAUACACACACCAGUUUGUUGCACAAAUAGUUUUACCAUUUACUGCUUUCUCCUAUUCUUCUAGUUGGAGCAGCUAAUGAAUCGGCACACUUUCAUUGUGAAUAUGUUUAAGUUAAAAGCACUUAUUAAUUUUAUACGUAAUUGAGUUUUUGCAUAUUUUGCACAGAAAAGAGAUGAAGAGUGUGCGAGAGAGAUGAUUUGGGAAUAUGAUAUGAAAAUAUGUGGAAGAAUAUACCUACUAAUCUUUCAAAGCUCUAUUGUGUAGUGUGCAGGUGAAAAAAAAAAAACUUGUAUGCAUUCAUAAAACACACCUGGAGAGAGUCUCACCCGAAAAUUACCUGUUUUUGUACAGCACAUACUCAUAUUUCUCCUGUACGCUGAUGGCCACUGGGUCGAAACAUGUUCAGAACUGUUUUUAGCUGUGUAUGUAUCAAGUUCAUAAUUAAUAGUUUCUGUAUCUUUACAUUUUUUACAUAUUAGCAAUGUCUGUAUAUGAUGUUGAGAUUCAAAACAUGUGCUGCUUCUCAGUCAGUGUUCUAAAAGAGAGAUGUACAGCAAUAUUGGUCACCAACAUUUAAAAAAAAAAUAAUUUCAAAUAAUAGAAACAAUCACAUUGCCAGUCACUCAAUGCUGAUGUCGUAAAUGGAUGUGCCUGAGUACUUCCACACACUUCAACAUAAUGCAAUACUGUGAAAUCUGGGUAUGUGUUCAUAUAAUUGUAUACAAUCCCACUGUGUCUUGACUUCUGAAUAAAUAUUGUAAAAAUGACACCAGUAAA